UGUGUCUAUAUAGUGUAAUCUUGUAAUUUGUUUUUCUUCAAGAAGUAGUAUACCCGAAAACCUUCCACAAGUGCAUGUGCGUCUAGUUUUCUUCACGAACCAACCUUAUUGACUCCUGGUUUGCCAUGUCUUCAUCCUCAUCAAAAGCUUUCCAAUGGUUAAGCCUUGUGGGCAUCAUAUGGCUUCAAUCCAUAAACGGAACAAACACCACCUUCCCUGCUUACUCAUCCCAACUCAAGAGCACUCUCUUCCUCUCCCAACUACAAAUCAACAAUCUCGUCUUCGCCUCCGAUGCAGGGAAACUCUUUGGUUGGUUUUCCGGCAUUGCUGCUAUUUACCUUCCCCUCUGGCUAGUCCUCAUGAUCGGCUCACUUCUCGGUUUGAUUGGCUACGGUGUCCAAUUUCUAUUCGUAACUAACCAAAUCUCAUCUCCAUCAUAUUGGCAAAUAUUCUUGCUCACCAUGGUGGCCGGAAAUAGUGUCUGUUGGAUCAACACCGUUUGCUAUGUAGUUUGCAUUCGAAACUUUCCGUUUCACCAACAGGUUGCUGUGGGACUAACAACAAGUUACCAAGGAUUGAGUGCAAAAAUCUACACAGAUAUUGUUAGUGCUGCUUUUUCUUCUUCACCUCAUAAGAGAGCCAAGGCCUAUCUUCUUCUAAACUCUCUCCUCCCUUUACUAGUCUGUGUUGUAGUGGCGCCAUUUGUGAGAGACAUUGAUGUGAGAACAGGGGAGCCCAGAAAUAUGGCAGCGGGGUUCAAAUUAAUGUUUGUGGUAACAAUUGCCACAGGAAUCUAUGCUGUGAUAACCAGUUUAGGAUCAUUGUCGUUUAUCCACUUAUCGCCACUGCAGAUUGUGAUAGGUACCGCAUUGUUCCUACUGAUCCCCUUGGUCAUCCCAAUUGUGGAAAAAAUUGGAGAAAAAUUAUCAAGAAGAUGGAGCCUAGACAGAGUGCACGAUUCCAGCAGCACAGAUGAUCAGAAAGGCCUUGAGAGCAUAGAGAGUGGUGUAGUGAAAGAGGAAGAAGAAGAGGAACAUAGUACAGUGCAGGUUCAUAAUGAGGUUGGUGAAGAACAGGUUCAUCAUGGGAUUGGUGUUAGAGAGGGGAUUGGUGUUAGAGAGGAGAUUGGAGUGAAGUUGAUGGUGAAAAGGAUAGAUUUCUGGUUAUAUUUCCUAGUGUAUAUUUUCAGUGCAACAAUUGGGCUUGUGUUCUUGAACACCUUGGGACAGAUAGCAGAGUCGAGAGGCUCAUGUAGGACCUCUUCUCUGGUUUCUUUAUCUUCUUCAUUCGGGUUCUUUGGCCGUCUCAUGACUUCACUUCUGGACUAUUUCUUCUCAAGAAGCAAGUAUAUGAUUUCAAGGCCUGCAUUCCUAGUGACAUUAGCGGCACCAAUUGCAGGAGUCUUCUUCUUGCUUCUCAACCCAGCUAACGUCUCCCUUAUCAUCAGUACGGCCAUUAUAGGAGUGUGCACUGGAGCAAUUACUUCUAUUGCAGUGUCCAUAACGACAGAGCUAUUCGGGACCAAGAAUUUCUCAAUAAAUCACAAUGUGGUGGUUGCGAAUAUCUCAAUCGGGUCGUUUCUUUUUGGCUACUCAUCUGCGCUUAUUUAUCGCAAGGAAGGAAAUGAAGAUGGUAGCUGCUUGGGAAUGGCUUGUUACAGGAGCACCUUCAUUAUCUGGGGUAGUUUUUGUACGUUAGGGACUACUCUAGCUUUAGUGCUAUAUGCAAGAACAAGAAAGUUCUACUCCAAAAUAUCAUAG